AUGGUCGCCAAGCUCGAAGAGGUCGCCGCGCCUCACAGUACCUUCGACACCAUCUUGGUGCUCGAUUUCGGUAGCCAGACCAGUCAUCUCAUUUUGAGACGUCUGCGUUCGCUCAAUGUCUAUGCUGAGAUGCUGCCCUGCACCACCAAGCUGGCUGACCUGCCCUGGAAGCCCGUUGGUAUCGUUCUCAGCGGAGGUCCGUCUUCCGUCUACGACGAGGUCUCUCCUCACGUUGACCCAGCAAUUUUCGACAUGGGAGUUCCGAUUCUCGGAAUCUGCUAUGGUUGCCAGGAAAUUGCUUGGCGUAUCAAUGACAAGAACGUUCAGCGCGGCGAGAAGCGCGAGUAUGGCCAGACAGAUGUCGACAUUCUCACGCUUGAUGGCCAGCAGGACCACGUCAACCGUCUUUUCGAGGGUGUGGAAGCAAAUACCGAGGUCACCAUGAGCCACUUUGAUAAGCUCGUGCACCUCCCCGAGGGUUUCGUCACGAUUGCUAGCACGCCGAGCACUCCCUACGCUGGCAUCGCACACAAGGAAAAGCCCAUCUUUGGAAUUCAAUUCCACCCCGAGAUUUCCCACACAAAGCGCGGCAUGGAUAUUCUUGGCAACUUUGCGACCAAGAUUUGCAAGGCUCGCGACAACUGGAAGAUGGAGAACUUCAUUGAGAAGGAGAUUAUCCGCAUCCGUAAGCUUGUUGGCGAGAAUGCCCAGGUUAUCGGCGCUGUUUCUGGAGGUGUCGACAGCACGGUUGCAGCCCGUCUGAUGAAGGAGGCCAUCGGCGAUCGGUUCCACGCCAUUCUCGUGGACACUGGCUUGAUGCGUCUCAACGAAUGUGAACAGGUCAAGAAGUCUUUGUCGGACCAUCUCAACAUCAACUUGACGAUCGUUGAUGGUGCAGAGCUUUUCUUUAGUCGCCUUGCCGGCGUCACUGAGCCCGAGGCCAAGCGCAAGAUCAUUGGAGGAACCUUCAUCGAUCUGUUUGAGAAGGAGGCGAUCCGCAUUGAGGAGGAGGCCAAGCACACUCCCCACGCAGGAAAGGUCGAAUGGUUCCUUCAGGGUACUCUUUACCCGGAUUUGAUUGAGUCAUUGAGCUGGAAGGGCCCCUCGGCUACAAUCAAGUCUCACCACAAUGUUGGUGGUCUGCCAGCUCGUAUGAUGAACGGCCAGGGCCUCAAGUUGAUCGAGCCCCUCAGGGAGCUCUUCAAGGACGAAGUCCGUGAGUUCGGCCGUCAGCUCGGCAUUCACGAGGAGCUCAUCAUGCGCCACCCCUUCCCCGGCCCCGGUAUCGGCAUCAGAAUCCUUGGUGAGGUCACACCAGAGCGUGUUGAGCUUGUCAGGCAGGCCGACCACAUCUUCAUCUCCUCGAUUCGGGAGGCCGGCAUCUACAACGAGAUGUCCCAGGCUUUUGCUGCCCUCGACACGAGCAGAGCUGUUGGAGUCAUGGGUGACAGCCGUGAAUAUGGAUACAUCUGCAUCCUGCGUGCUGUGAGCAGCGUUGACUUUAUGAGCGCUGAGCCUUACGCAUUUGACUCGAAAUUGAUCCUCAAGAUCGCAAACAGAAUCCCGAACGAGGUCCAUGGAAUUACCAGGGUCGUGUACGACUACACUGGCAAGCCUCCUGGAACAAUUGAGUUGGAGUAA